GGCACAUUACAGAAUGAGAAAGUGAAAGUGUCUAAUUUUCUGCCCAAGGCAUCAUUGUAACCGAAUGCAUUGUGGGACACUGGAGGACGGCGGCUGUGCGGCUCAGCGUGAGCCGUCGAUUCGUUUUCAGACAUUCGCUUUAUUUUGUAUUUAUUUUAUUGUAUUUAUUUUAAAUCUAUUUUUUAAAGCCGAGAUGGCCAAACCCAGGCUUGUGGUUUUUGAUUUGGAUUACACACUGUGGCCGUUUUGGGUCGACACCCACGUGGACCCUCCCUUUCACAAAGACAGAGAGAGUAAGGUGAUUGAUUCCCGGGGUCGCCCCAUUCGUUUGUACCCCGAAACCGCUGAAGUGCUGCGGUCGCUGCACGCGGACAGGGUUUCCAUCGCUGCUGCCUCGCGAACUGGUGAAAUCAAAGGAGCCAAUCAGCUGCUAGCUCUUUUUAACCUCGACCAAUACCUGUCUCACAAAGAAAUAUACCCCGGGUCAAAGGUCACACACUUUAAAAGGUAACAUUAUCGCUGGGCCCUCCCUUU